GAGGAAAGGUCUUGGAGAUGACACGAAUGUUCAGAACGAUCACGUCAAGUUUCGAGGACGAGGAUUUCACUGAGCACACACGGACCCCACACCCCACCCCGCCUCAGCCCCGGCGCGGGGUGCCUAAUGGCGCCGCGCAUGCGCAGGACCGCGAGACUCCGUCCCGCCGGCAGCGAAGCGGCGCUAAGAUGGCGGCGGCGCUGCUGGCGCGGUUGUGCCGGGGUGCCCCCGGACUCCGGGGCACACUCGGGUUCCGCGCCGCCCGCCCGCCCCUCGCCGCCACCGGCGCCGCCCCGCCGCUGCUGCUCCGCCGCCCCGCCGCGCCCCUGGGGCCGCGCAGCUUCUCGGCGGCCGAGCUGGUGCGCGCCGCGCCGGCCCCGCUCCAGCCCUACUUGCGGCUCAUGCGCCUGCACCAGCCCGCCGGGACGUGGCUGCUGUAUCUGCCGUGUACCUGGAGCAUCGGGCUGGCGGCCGCGCCCGGCUGCCUCCCAGACUGGCGCAUGCUGUCCCUGUUCGGCGUCGGAGCCGUGCUCAUGCGAGGGGCCGGCUGCACCAUCAAUGACAUGUGGGACCGCGACUAUGACAGACAGGUUGCAAGGACAGCAAGCAGACCCCUGGCAGCUGGAGAUAUCUCCACUUUCCAGUCCUUGGUUUUUCUUGGGGGACAGCUCAGCCUGGCACUCUGCGUGCUUCUGUGUCUGAAUUACUACAGUAUCAUUCUGGGAGCAGCCUCUUUAUUCCUUGUGAUCACCUACCCUCUGAUGAAGAGAAUAACAUACUGGCCACAGCUAGUUUUAGGAUUUACGUUUAAUUGGGGAGCCCUUCUUGGCUGGUCUGCCAUCAAAGGGUCAUGUGAGUGGUCUGUGUGUUUGCCCUUGUACUUUGCUGGAGUCAUGUGGACACUGGUGUACGACACCAUUUAUGCACAUCAGGAUAAGAGAGAUGACAUCAUGAUUGGUGUGAAGUCAACUGCAUUGCAUUUCAGGGAGGACACAAAGCAGUGGCUCAGAGGCUUCAGCCUGGCAAUGCUCUUGAGUCUGUGUGUGGCAGGGAUGAAUUGCAACCAAACCGUCCCGUAUUACUCGGCUGUGGCUGCCGUAGCGGCUCACCUGGCACACCAGAUUUACACUUUGGACAUAGACAAGCCCGAAGACUGUUGGAAGAAAUUUGCUUCAAAUCGUACUGUAGGAAUUCUGCUCUUCAUAGGGAUUGUGCUUGGAAAUCUGUGGAAAUGAAAAGGCUUAAAUGUAGAAGAUCCUUCAGAGAACAGAUAGUUGAAAUCACUAUACUGAUAUUUUAGUCUAACUGAAGUGUAAGUAUUAUAAGAAGGAAAACACUUGUAAUAUAAAUAUAGCUGCUUUAUAUUGUUUAUUUAUAAAAGCUGGUGGAAACAUUCUUGUUUCUGAAAUCAUGUAGUUUUGAUAAUUCUACAGUGAAAGUUUUGGUUAUCUGGGAAUAACUUCAAUCUGCAUAGAGCUCCAAAGAGCUCUGCUGGUCCUGUGUAGUAGCAGCAAACUUCUGUCAAGCUGUGGAGACUGUGAACCCAAGAUUCUAUAUGAAGCGGGUGUCUCUUAGUGACAGCACGGGUAAAAAUGCAAAAUUAUUUCUGGAUGUAAAUAAAAUCUGGCUCUAGAUGUUUGAUGGUCUGAUUUAUUACAAAGGUAAUUUUCAGUUUGAGUUGGAGCUUGUUUCAUGUAGGAGUUGCAAUAACUGUUUUUCUUCUGUGAUGUCUAGAAACAGUGAGGACUCUAAAUGUGUGAGGUCCACAGUAAGGAGUCAGUAGAGAAGUAUUUAAGAUUUUCUGCUCUUGCUGUGAUUGCUGCAGCAGGUGCUUUCCUGUGAAAAGGACGGGCUUCAUGUGAAAAGAACAGGCUUCUGCAAAGUUGCCUGCACAGAGUGAGCUAAUCUUGUUUGUCAGAGUGAUUUGAACACGUACUAAGGACUGAAAACAAAAGCAGAGAAGCCCAGAGCUGUUGCCAAAUGUGUGUCAGCAGUGGUUGACCCUCGGCUACAAAUUUGUCAUGCAAACUUGUUGAGAUUUUUUUUUUUUAAUUCCGCUUGUUUUGACCUAUGCCUACUGGUCUUAUUUGUAGUCUUACAGGAAAAACUUGUUUCUAGAGGAACGCCUAGAAACAGUAAAAAUAGCAAGUGCAGGCUAACUAAAUGGUCCUACACAGAAGUUCUUCUUAAAUAGGGUUUGUAUUCCUGGGGUGGAGAAAGUAUUAAGUUGAAGAAAAGCAGUUUAAUAAUGAAAAACCAUAGGCUUCUGAUCAGUUUUGUGACAUAGCUGCAUUUUGUGGAGGGAGAAUUUGAUGCAUCCAACUUGAACUUUGUUUAUUAGCUGUUUACUAGUAAUUCAAAAGUCUUGUAAAGUAACUAGUAUGGAUCAGUUUACGUAGUUUUAUUUUAGUGAGGUGGUGGCAAAAGUUAUUAAUCUGCUUUUAACAUACUAAAGCAUCUUUAAGUAGCUCAGAUUUGGGAAGAGCUCACAUUUUGUCGUGCAUUUGAACCUUCUGGUGUCCUUUGUCUGAUGGCUGCUUGUCACAAGUGUGUCACGUUGAGGGAGGCUCGGGACGCUCAGUAUGAGAGAUCAGCAAGCUUCGUUUAUUGAUUAGAGCAUCAGACAUUUAUGCACAACAAGUAAUAAGCUCAUACAUAUUCUGUAAGCUAAGCAAUCUAUUGUUUAUACUAUAGAUACCAGUUCUCUUCUUACUUCCUCAUUCCUUACGACUUACAUCUUCUUUUUCUCAUCUCUCUCUCAGCUACAGCAUCUUGUUAUCAUAAUACAGCUAUGUUCAAGGCCACAGUGUCCUUGCAGGGGCAGGGACUCAGAUUAGCUGGGUCCGAUACUUUUCCAAUUCUUGGUCAGCUAUCCAGACCAUGUCUACGUGGCCUUUGUCACGUAACUAGCCCUCCACACAAGUGUUUGUCUUAAAAUGAGAAGAGGAAAAGGGUGUCGCUAUAUACAGUGUAAAAUAAAAUUUAAAAACAGUCCCCAUGUCCGGAACUUGAAAAUCGCUUCAUAUUUUCAGUGUGAGUUUUCCAAAUUCAUCUUAAUUUCUUUUCACACAGAUAAGACAUAGCUGUAUUUUAGGUUCAUUGCCUGAAAAACAAAAAGAUUAGGUUCCAGGCUGUAAUACUGAGGAUAUUAAGUUUGUGAAAAAUUUUUUGAUUAACGCAAGGAAAUAAAUAAUUUAUCAAGUGCAAAAGAGGUAAAGGCUACUGAGGAUGUUAGUUGCAUGAGCAUUUUAUGAUAAAUACACAGAAAGUAAUAAUUUUUAAAGCACAAAAGAGAUAAAGGCCGAGCUGCUUCCUGGCUAAAACCUUCCUGUUUGGAUCUCUUGGCAGAUAUAUGUACAUCUCUUCCCUUCAUGUCCAAGGUGUUCUAUUCCAAAUCUUCACUAAGAUGCUCUCUGCUGUAAUUGGAUGCAGUUUCUUAAAAAGUUUUCAAAUACUCCUGUCUCUAAGCAUCAGGUUUUAUUAGUGUGCUUUUGCAGAACUAAACAACAUCCUCUGGAAGUUUCUUCUGCCCUUUCUCCCGCACCUCCUUUUCCAAGUAUUCCUCCACAGGAUGUUGAGAUAAUAGAUGUUUUUUUCCAGCAACAGAAAGAUCAAAUGUCCCUAACAGUGGCAAACUGAAACACUGCCAGUUGCUCAGUGAAACAGAAAGCUCUGUACUAACAUCAGCCCUUGCCUAUGUGUUGCACUUUGUAGAAGAACAUAUCAAAGCAACACCAGCUCUUUGUCCAGGAUUAGUCCUAUAGAGAUAAGGGUGCUACUCCUGCAGAGAUAGAAAGGUUGUCAAGGCAUUGGAAACCUGCAGGGUGGGGCUGGAUCUUUGCCUUAGAAGCCUGUUUUGUACAGUGGCACAUGGGAGCUCUCACACUCCCCUUUCCCAGGGAGAAGACUUGUGAGAAGAGGGUCAGCCAAGGCAAACUCUGCCUGAGUUCUGCUAUUAGUAUUUCUUGGUAAAUAUAAUGGUGUUAAUGGGUCAGGUCAGGGUUUUCCCUCCCUCUCUUCCCAAGUACAUGCUACAGGAGCUAUGCUCUGCAAACAUCUGGAGUGCCUGUGCUAGCCGGUCUGGCUUCCAGGGAGCCUGGCAACACCAUGGCAGUAGGUCAGGCAUCUCACCAACCACUGGUGACAUGACCUGGAAAAAAAAGGCAUUCCUUCUUCUAUUUCCACUUUGGAAAAACCUAGGAAAGGGCCAUUAAUUCAUUUCUAAACACUUCACAGUACUAGGAGAGAAGCUCUGUUUGAGCUUCAAAAGAAAGCUACCAAGAAAAAAUGUGUAUCUUAGCCAGCCAUGGAUAAUGAGAAAUUUAGGUACUAGCUGAAGGCUCCUGGUAUACUGAAGAGGUGAUUUUGCGUUUCCUGCAAUGCCUCCCUGCAUUUUGUGAUGGAGGCAAAAGGCCAGAGCAAAUUUUAAUGCAGUGUGCUAGAUGCAGUACAAGAAUUACGAAAGAAAUAGAAAAAAAGUCAUUGGUUUUACAGCAUUUUUCUUUGCCUGGAUGGUGGUGUUUAAAAAAACCAUAAAAAAAUACCACUUCCAGGCAGCUAUACAGAAGUGAUUUUGUCUGAAUAAAGCAGAAAGAGGCCUAAUACACUUAAAAGAAACAGAAACAAAACCAACAACAAAAGAACAGUAUUCAUGCCAAGUUUAAUGCUUCUAACAAUACAGCUGUAUUUUUUGGGGUGGAAAUUCCCAUCCUAAUGCAAAACAAAAUCCAAAGCCACCCCUGACUUCUUAUGCCUGCGAAACACAGUUCUUCCAAAUUGCCAAGCUUGUCUGUGACAGGUACAGUAACAAGGAAAUACAACUAAUACAAAAUAAAAUAAAUAAAAUAUAGCUAAUGUAAAACAAGUUGUAUCAACUGCAUAAAGAACAGAACCAAGCCUGUAGCCGUUUGUAAGGGCAGUGCCGGAAAGCGGUGGCCUGCCGUUCCACAGGACCUUAUUUUUUUCCUGCACUGAUGUCAAAGCAUUCACAGAGUUCAGCUCUGAAUGUAAAGUGUCUCACUUUCUACAACUCCCUGAAAGGACCCUGUGGCCAGGUGGGAGUUGGUCUCAUCUCUCAGGUAGCAAGUGACAGGAGGAGAGGAAACGACCUCAAGUUACACCAGGGGAGGUUUAGACUCGAUAUAAAUUCCUUCGCUGAAAUGGUGAUCACACAUGGGAACAGGCUCCCCAGGCAAGUGGUGGAAUCACCAUCCCUGGAAGUGUUCAAAAGGUGUGAGGUUGUGGCACUUGGGGACCAGGUGGUGAACAAGGCAGUGCUGCAUUAAUGGCUAGACUUAAUGAUCUUAGAGGUAUUUUCCAUAAAUGUUUUUCUGUGAUUUGAUACUGAAGUGCAAUAAUUUUAUCUUCAAGUUAUCACUGUUCAGUGCUCAACCUCACAAGCAGCAACACAUACAUAACACCAGGGGACUGCUUUGGGGAGAAACUUCAACACUGGUAAAACCACUGUUCAGUGUUCACCUCAACACUGUGAAACCACACCACUUAGGUGGCUGUUUAGUAGAAAAGCCUCUGCAUUUUUUGUUGCCUCUCAAGCUGCAGCACAGCCAAAUAUUUGUCAAACAGAUUUUCAGCUUCAUCAGAGCUAAUUUUCCCCAAAUUCUGUCAUGCUAUUAAUCACUUUUUCAGGGAGUAUGUAUAAAUGGAAAUAAAAGUACAUGAGAGGAAAAUGGAGGAAAACACAGACUUGUGUACACCAUAACAUGCAUUAUUGUUGUGCUUUUAAGCAUUUGCUGGAAGGCACCUUGAAUUUAUUUGCUUAGAGUUGGCAUGAUCCCUUUUCCCCCUGCACUUCCGUAUGCAUGACACCGCCCAGUGCAUGCAGCAAGGCAGUAAAAGAAGGAUUUGGCAGACCAUAGUUAAGUGUCACUUUGACUGGAUCUGUUAGAUUAGGGUGGGAGUUUCCUGCCUCCCUCCUUCUUGGGAGGAAAACCCAGGGCAGAAAGCCAAGGUCAUGUAUGCACAGGUUGUCUCUGGAGCUGGUGGGGCUGAGGUUGCUCUUGGCUAUGUAAAGGGUGGGCUGAAGGUCAAGUGUGCAUUGCAUGCCUCCUCUCCCAGGUGACAGGUGAUAAACUUUUGGUUGCUCAACCCCAAGCAGGACUCUGGCACCUACACAGUUCCUUCCCUUAUUGUAUCUUUAUCUGAUGAAUAUGCUCUCCACAGCAGGACCGCUGCUAGCAGCACCUGGGGAUGACUACUGGUGGGUUUUUUCUCAUGUGCUGGGUAGAAUGGGGAAAGUGGUCUUACACUCCUUCCCGUGUCUCAGCUCAGCCAUGAGAUGCUGUGCUGCCAGGUGUGGCAGGUGCAGAGGCAGUGAGUGUUGUCUUUGGGAUUCGCUUGAGAAAUCAGUGGCAGGAGGGGAAGCAAGAGGCAAAAAUUGCUUUAAAGAAUUCAAGCUGCUCAGUGCUGAUUUAUUUAUGACAUAGUAAGUCAGAAAAAUGCUGGGGAGCUUCUUUCAGAGGUUACAACCUACCCUUCCAUCAGGGUGAGCAAUGUUGGGUCAUGAGACUGUCAUGGAGAAGCAAAACUCUCCUUUGAAGGGGACUUGCGGUCAUGUACAUGCAGCAGGUGUGGAGCCAUACAGCUACCCCAUCUUGCAAACCUCAGUUUUCAUCUCUCCAGGUUCAACUCUCUCAAUACCUUCUCCCAUCUGUCUUAAGAAACAUCAUUAUCAUUAAGUAGUAAAGGUCUUUUUUAAUCCACAGUACAACUUAUUCUGCUAAAUAACAUUAAUACAUUAAAAAAUACUUUUCACCCGUCAAAUACCAUUGCAAAGUGUGUUGGAUGUCCUUUUGUUAAUACCUUGGUUAAUGCUGGAUUAACUUCAUGAUGCAUCCUGUGUGGCUGUUUACUUCGCUCUUCCUCAGGUGUUAAAGCAAGGACACCACGUGUGGCAGACACAAGGGACAGCAGAAGGGAAGGUCCAUUGUCCCCUGCAUUUCUCUGGAUGAAGCUGUCAGCUUGGGAUAAAACUGCCAUAUAAAAGGCAAAGAGCACAUGCCAAGCUGGAAAUUAGCCAUGGGUCAGGUCCAGAGGCUUUCUGGAGUAAGCUGAACUGCUGAGGUUCUCCUGCUUCCCACCAUUCUAUGGAGAUGGGGAUGGGUACAGGAAGAUCCACACUUGCACCCUCUGCUAGUUCUGCUUGUGUGCAGAUGCAACUCAGUGAGAAUUAGGCAGUUAAUGAAGCAGCAGACUACAAAAUGUUUAAGUUGGUCUGAUCUGUUUGUAACAAGAGGAUUGAUUUGUUGAUUUUUACUUUAGUGGUUUUUUUACUUUGUGAGCUCCUGAGAUAAAGCUUGAUUCCCACAGGGCAUUAUCCUGUGAGUCUGAGUGACCUGGAGAAAGAGUGGCAUCACUGAAAGCAUGAAAAGGUAGCAAGCCACAGGAAGCCAGAAGCUCAGCCAGAAGAUGUGUGAUGUCUUUCUCACACAAGAUGUGUGAAACAUCUUGUGACAAACCAUUGCUAGUGCUAACAUGCAAUUGUAGAGGGAUUUGAAACCACUUUUAAGUCUGACCAGCUGUGACUAAGAGCUUCUGUGAAGCUGGUGGUACCAUUUUCCCCUGGCUGUGAGCUCUUCACUGUGUGCUGGACUUUGUGUUUCUGUGCCUGUGGCACAGGGUUUCAGGCCCCUUGCCUAGACGGCACUGCACACUCCCAUCCAUAGCAUCAUUUCCAGUCUGAUCAGCCACCCAAGACUCUCUCCACUGUGUGCAGUGUCUCUAGCAUGGGAGAGAUGAGGGAAGUGCAGACAUCCCUCAGGAUGGGAGCAGCUCUCUCCUUGUACCAGCUGCAGUCGCUUCAGUGUUGGUGAGAUAUGCAACUGACCCUCAGCUAUAUUUCUAAGGGCUGUGAAAAUUUUCCCUUGCACUUACUCAGCUCCAUUCUCCUGCAGCUUUUACCGUUGCAGGAAUUUCCCUUCUGCCUGAGCCAUCUCAAGCUGUGGGAAGAGGGCAAGGUUUGUGGGUAACAUGUUCUUCCAUUGAAGCUGUGGAGACAUCUAGAAAAAAAGUGAAGUUUCUGAUUCAGAAGACCUUCUCCAUGUCUGAAACAGUCCCCUAAGACUGUUACUCUGUCUCUGGAAAGGACUGGUGGGACCAGAGCUUUGGAGAGAGGCACCCAGGCACCCUCCUGUGCCAGACAUCCUCCCUGACCUGCACACCAAUGGGAUUCAUGGACCCUCUGCGAAUGAACACACCUCGCACCACUGAAGACACCUUAGUUUGUGUAAAUAGUAUGAGGCAGCAUACUGGGGAGAGCGGCUUUGCUCAUUUGUGGUCACAUUUGAGGUUGCAGGUUGGACUUGUUUUAAGUGGUACAGAGAACAGGCACAAACUUUUAUGUGUGAGUGGCCCAAACUGGAAUAAAUGAGUUUCUGCUUGUAGCUGCUUCAUAAAAUACAGCGGUAGACUGUGUAAUCCAUACUUUGUUCUUUGCAGAGAAAACAAAAAGGUGUUAAGGGAGAUUUUUUUAAUCUGUGCUCCUGAAUCUUCAUCAGUAUUGCGUUUACUGAUUUCCUUUAACAUGUAGUACAUGUUAAAUUGGCGAGUAUUUAUUUCAGUGGAAUUUUUCCAUUGUCUUAGAGAUAAAAAUAGAAUGGCUUGGUUUGAAAGGGACUUUAAAGAUCAUCUAGUUUCAAACCCCAUGCUGUGGGCAGGGAUGCUUUCCACUAGAGCACAUUACUCACAGCCCCAUCCAACUUGGCCUUGAACACUUCUAGGGAUGGGGCAUACACAGCUUUGCUGGGCAACCUAUUCCGGUGCCUCACCACCCUAACAAUGAAGAAUUUCUUUGUAAUACAGACUAAACCUAUCCUGCUUCAAUUCAAAGCAAUUCCCCCUUGCCCUGUCACUACAUGCCCUUGUGAAAAGUCCUUCUCCAGCUGACUUGUAGCUCCCUUUAGGUACUGGGAGGUGCUCUGAGGUCUCUCUGGAGCUUUUCCUUCUUACCACCUAAAAAACCUGGCUGCAUUUCAACUUCCUGUUUCCCUCCUCCCCAGCAGAUUCCUAGGCCAUGAGCCUCAUCCAGCCAGCCAGUGGGAUGACAGGCAUCUCCUCCUCUAGGGAGAAUCUGCCGACUUACAACUUUUUGCAAACCUCAGUUUUCAUAGCCUAUUGCAAUGUUCUUAUAAAGAACACUGUGUAUGAGCCAGCCAGGGAGUGGCCAGGCAGACCCAUUGUAAAGCAGGGACAGACACAGUUAAACUUUGGAGCUGCUGGAAGUCAAGGGAAGCAUUUCAAGGCACGUCUCCCUGUUUUCUCAGCAGCACUACUGGUAAAAGCCUUCACUUAAAGCACCCUAAGUCCCAGCCUGUUGACAAAGCUGCCAUAUUGAAGUUUAGCCCAAACUUCUCCUUUCCCAUUCUUCAUGAGGGUGAGAGAGAAGGGAAUCUCACCAUCAGCACUUCCCAUGGGAUGCAUCGAACUUGACUUGCUCCCGAGAAACAGCCACCCAAAGCCUCUCUGGGAUCUCUGCAUGCUGUGUGCAUCCUGCUGGGAAACAAAAAGUGCUGUCCUAGUGCCACAGAUUCUCCACAAAAUUUGGAAGUGCAUCCAAAACUGUCUUGCACGGGGCAUGAGUGGUUAUGUAUUUGGGGCAUGUUAGUGUAGAAACUAAUACUAGUAUCUUAUGAAGUGAAAUUUAUGUGUGUAUGGUAAUUGCUCAGUUAAUUUUACUGUAGUGGCUGGGCUACAUGGCCUGUGACAAGCACUUAGGGAAUCAGCCUAAUUAUUAUGGAAAGCCUCCCCAUGUGGGAUGUGUUUUCUAAGAAAUGAAAACCUAUAUGUCUGUUCUGAUGACAGUACAUUAUUCAGAGCUGCCCUUCCCUGAGCAGCAACAUCAUGUGGGCAAAGUUAAGGGAAUAAGACAAUAAACAUGCAAACUUUUUUUUUUUUAAAGAAGUAACUAAGCUUGGGAAAAGGAAAAAUAAAUGACUGUGUUCUGCACUUGUAAAGUCUGUGGUUGUAAGGACAGGGCACAGCUCCUGACCUCCCCCUUCAUGUUACCUCCCACUCAUUGUAUGCUUUUUACUGCUGGCUGCCAAUAAGAACAUCCGAGGGAGUAAGUUUAGUUUCAUCUUUGCCAGAGCCUCUUUGUGCAGGGAGAGGAGGCAAGGCUGCUCACCAGGGGUCCAUUUGCUCUGACUGCUGUGUCACCCUGUGGUGCACUGUUUGCUCUGUUUGCCAAAUGAAGAGAGACAUUAACCGCAGGAGGGAGCUUGGCAUAUUCUGAUGCUGCCAUCCUCACUGCAUUCUUGGAGCUGCUGCAAGCAGGAGUCACCACUGCUCUGACUGUUGGAAAAUGCACCAUGUGGAGCUUGCCUUGACUGCAUUUGAUUUCCCCUGCUUAACUGCAGAAAUAAAGUUUUGAGUUUGUCUUCCUA